AAGAAGCAGCGGUUUUGAUCACACAGCAUCCGCGUAGACGACAGAAACCUUGCGACAGGAGUCGUGGCCAAUGAAAAUGCUUUUUGAAGGCGACAUGACAUGCGCGUUAUACACUGUCGAUGACUUCGCUAGCUGUUUCGACCGAGCUUUGAAGCAGGAUUGCUGAAAUACAUAAAACUUCGUCUCCUUCGUUGUAGACACGACCAUGCUACAGUUUUUGGCUGGGUUUACCUUGGGAAACGUUGUUGGGAUGUACCUCGCUCAAAACUACGAGGUCCCCAACAUUUCCAAAAAGAUAGAAGCCUUCAAAAAGGAUGUGGAGGCAAAGAAGAAACCUCCAGCGGAGUAAAGAAGAGAUUGCUCAACAACAUGGAUAGAAAGAAACAGGCAGAUUGAAGAGAUGGGGACUCUUGGAGCAACAACAUACACACUGUAAAGGAUAUAUACCAAAUGUUCAUCUCAUUUAAUAUUUUCUAUCAAAAGCAGUAUGUGUACUAAGGUUACCUGGCAGAGGAAUAAAUUGUAAAAAUGUAUUCUCCAAA